CACGCAUGCGCGCAGUACACUGAAGGCCUUGAAAAUGUCGGAUGCGGGUUAAAAACGGACAGGAAUUUGUCUCCAGGAAUCUCAAACACGACACGCCAGUUUUGUUGUCUCUGUCUAGAUAUUUAAGAAGUGGAGCAAGGGAUCCUAUCGACCAUCCAUCCUGCUCAGACUGUGGGGAGGGAUUCACUCGGUCAUUUGACCAACUGGCAAGCCCGGCAUUUUACACAGGAGAAAGGCCGUUCACCUGCUCAGACAGUGGGAAUUGAUUCACUUGGUCAUUUCAACUGAAGGUACAUCAGCAAGUUCACACUGGGCAAGGCCAUUCAUCUGUUCUGUGUGUGAGAGAUUC